AUGAUGCAUCGCCAACAGCAGCAACAACAGCAGCAGCAGCCGCAGCUACCCUCCUCAGCCCACACUCAACAGCAGCCGCAGCACCCCCAACUGCCGCCGCCGUACAACACGGCCACUAUCAUCAGUCGGCUCCACUUCCUCGCUCGCCACAACCCCCAGCUCGCUCAAAAACUUCAUCAAAUGGCCUUGCCGCUCUCGCCUCUUGUCCAGCUCACCACCGGCGCCGUACACCCGCACUUUCCUCGCACCGUUCUUCAGUUCUGGCUUCUCACCGACGACCAGCUCGAGUCCCUCGCCGCCUUCUACCACCAGCGAGAUCAGUCGCCCUGGUCUGCGCAGUACCCGUGUCCAGUCGUCUGGCGCUCCGACCUGCCCCUCGAGGAGAAGCGCCGGCGCAUGGGUCGCUUCAUCGGCCUCCGAGGCUGCGGCGAGGAUGAGCUCGGUGCUGGCGCUGGCGUCGACGGGUCCUCGGCAGAGGUGGCAGCCAUGGUGGGCAGCAUGCGCACCGAAGACGAGAUUGCCGAGGAGGCGCGGUUAGCUGCAGCCGACGACGAGGUCUGGCGGCGGAAAAUGAAUCCCUGGUAG